UAAUCGCAUAUACUACUAUACUAUACUAUACUAGGAUUAUUAUUAACUUGCACAUACAUACAUAGCCACAUAAUUACUUAUAUUCUUUUCUUUCCUUUCUCUCUGUUAAUUGAUUUUCAUUCUCUCUCAUAUUCUUCACACUACCCUACAACUUCACCACCUUCUUCUUCUUUUGCAUUAAUGGAGUCUUUAUCACUUCAAUCUUUUCAUGUCAAAACUUUACAUCGAUCUAAACUUAGUUUAGGAAGUAACCCAUCAGAGUUUAGAACAAAUAAAGAAGUGGGUUUUGCUUAUUUUUGGAGACAAAGGAGUAAAAGAUGCACAUUUUCAUUGAAAUGUCAGUCAAUUUUGGAUGAUAAUUUAGGUGGGGUUUCAAGUUCUCAAGAUGGGUCUUCUGCUCUUGUAAAACAAGAAUUAGAUGAAGGGCAAAAGGGUCAUUUGAUUGGUCCUGUCACAGAUGCUUCUGGCUCCAUUGUUAGGUUUAACUUAUAUCCUCAAUCUGUGAGCACAGAUGAUAUUAACUCUAAUGUUCACGGAGCCCUUUCUCUAGAUAUAGAAGAUCAGCAGCAGGAAAUGCAGAAAGACUAUGGUGUCAAGGAAGAUGAGUUGCAAAUUGGGGUAGCAACUGACAGUGGAGAAGAGAAAUCCUUUGCCAAAGUACCUCAUAGUGUCUUCUUUGAACAAGGAGUAGGCAAAGAAAGUGAGUUCGAAGAAGAAACUGUUGUUGAGGGACAAGAGAAAAAACUUGUAAAAGUAAAGUUAAGUAUUGUCUUUGUUUCUUCCGAGGCAGCACCAUAUUCCAAGACAGGGGGUUUAGGAGAUGUCUGUGGUUCUUUGCCUAUAGCUUUAGCUGAACGUGGGCAUCGUGUAAUGGUAGUUUCCCCUCGAUAUAUACAUGGUACUGCUGCAGAUAAAAUUUACGCUGACGCAUUCGAUGCCGAUUGUCGCAUUAAGGUCAAUUGCUUUGGAGGGCCACAAGAAGUUGCCUUUUUCCACGAGUAUAAGAAUGGAGUUGACUGGGUCUUUGUCGAUCAUCCGUCAUAUCACCGGCCUGGAAAUCCAUAUGGUGAUAGCUUCGGUGCUUUUGGUGACAAUCAGUUCCGGUUCACCUUGCUUUGUCAUGCAGCAUGUGAAGCCCCUCUCGUCCUUCCACUAGGAGGGUACACCUAUGGGGAGAAGUGUUUGUUCCUUGUAAAUGAUUGGCAUGCGGGCCUUGUACCAGUACUUCUUGCAGCUAAAUAUCGGCCUUAUGGAGUUUACAAGGAUGCACGCUCUAUACUUGUUAUACACAACCUUUCUCAUCAAGGUGUGGAGCCUGCAGUAACAUACGAUAAUUUAGGACUUCCUCCACAGUGGUAUGGAGCACUAGAAUGGGUGUUUCCAGAGUGGGCAAGAGCACAUGCUCUUGACAAAGGUGAAGCAGUCAAUAUUUUGAAGGGUGCCAUUGUGACGUCUGAUAGAAUACUUACUGUUAGCCAGGGAUAUUCAUGGGAAAUAACAACUGUGGAGGGCGGGUAUGGUUUGCAGGAAUUACUCACCAGCCGGAAGUUUGUAUUAAAUGGGAUUGUAAAUGGCAUCAAUGUUUCGGAAUGGGACCCAUCCAAUGAUGCACAUGUUGCGGCCUCUUACUCUAUUGAUGAUCUCUCUGGAAAGGCUCAAUGCAAGGCCGCUCUACAGAAGGAGCUUGGUCUUCCUCUCAAGCCUGAUUGCCCAUUGAUUGGUUUUAUUGGGAGGCUGGACUACCAGAAAGGUAUCGAUAUAAUUCAGGAAGCAAUGCCAGAGCUUAUGGGAGAUGAUUUACAAUUUGUUAUGCUAGGGUCAGGUGACUCCAGGUAUGAGAGUUGGAUGAGAGCAGCAGAGAUUAUAUACAAAGACAAAUUCCGUGGCUGGGUUGGAUUUAGUGUGCCAAUUUCACAUCGGAUAACUGCAGGUUGUGAUAUCCUCUUGAUGCCAUCAAGAUUUGAACCGUGUGGACUAAACCAGCUGUAUGCUAUGAGAUAUGGAACUAUACCAGUAGUUCACGCCACGGGAGGACUUCGAGAUACUGUUGAAACUUACAAUCCAUACGCAGUUGGACCCGAUGGAAGUGGUACUGGAACUGGGUGGGCAUUUUCUCCAUUGGCAAAGGAGAGUAUGUUGACGGGUCUGAGAAAUGCUAUGAAAACAUACCGGGAAUACAAGCCGUCAUGGGUAGGGUUGAUGAAGAGAGGCAUGCAACAGGAUUUCACAUGGGACAGUGCUGCUGCUCUGUAUGAGCAGGUGUUUGAUUGGGCAUUCACUGAUCCUCCAUACUGCUGAGAUGCAAGAGAGAGAGAGAAGCGCGACACAUAAAAUUGAGUAAGCUAAGAUUAACCAAGAACGGAAGCAUGAACAUGAAAUUUUACAUGCCAAAGGUACCAAUAAACGUACCAUACAUUAUAACACAAAGAAUCGCAUCGUUGAAGCUUCAUCAACAUUAGGUGAGUAGUAUUGAACAAAUUACUCCACAUGAAUCAUGAUGUUGAAGGAAUGCAGAAGGUACGAUGGACAUAUGGUUUGAUCAACGGCAUAAUUGGGUUUAUUUCAUUCUUCUAUCAUUUUUGUAGUUUGGUUACUGGUGUUUGUUUUAGAUAAGCAAACGUCUGUUUAUGCCAUUGAAUGUAUGUAAUGAGAAUAUCUCUUGUAAAGUAUUAGUACAUAGAUUGAUUAACGAAG